GAAGAAUCGCUGAAACUUCUGAAUUCUGAUUCGAAUUCUCGGAGUAAUACUAAAACCCCGAACUCGCAAUCUUAGCAAAACCCUCUGAUCCUUCCGUACACCGCAUGUUUUGGUGAUACCAUCUAGCAUCUAUGGCAUCUUCAGAGAUUGAGGUGGUUUCGUCAUCAGAAGCUACGACGCACCUAGACAACAACCAGGAGGCGGGAGCCAAUGUGAUUGACGUUUUCUCCGCCGCUGCCUAUGGGGAUCUCGAUAAAUUGAGGAACUUUGUCGAAGUCGACGGAGUUUCCCUCUCUAGUCCCGACGGCAACGGCUACUACGCUCUUCAUUGGGCCGCUCUCAACAACUUCCCUGAUAUCGCCCAGUACAUAAUCGAGCAUGGUGGUGAUGUCAAUGCAUCAGACAACAUACAGCAGACAGCGUUGCAUUGGGCAGCAGUUAGGGGCUCCAUUGUGGUGGCGGAUGUGCUCUUGCAGAAUGGAGCACGGGUGGAGGCUGCUGAUGUAAAUGGAUAUCGGGCAGUUCAUGUUGCUGCUCAAUAUGGACAAACAGCUUUCCUAAACCACAUUGUUGCAAGCUAUCAAGCUGAUUAUGAUGCUCUAGAUAAUGGAGGGAGGAGUCCUCUUCAUUGGGCUGCAUAUAAGGGGGAUGCUGAUACAAUUAGAUUACUUCUGUUUAGAGAUGCAAACCAAGGAAGACAAGAUAAAGAAGGUUGUACUCCCUUGCACUGGGCUGCAUUAAGAGGAAAUGUUGAGGGAUGUACUGUGCUUGUACAUGUUGGUAAAAAACAGGAGCUAAUGGUGAAAGAUAGAGCGGGAUUUACUCCUUUUCAACUUGCUUCUGAUAAAGGUCAUCGGCCUGUCGCCCUUUUCCUUUCCAAUGCACAACGGGCACACAAUAAUCGUUGGGGAGACAAAUUUUGCGGUGGGAAGAUGGCGGACAUUGGAUAUGCUCCCAUUUUGCUGUCUAUAAUGCUCUUACUCAUUUUCCUCUUCGUUAAUUCUGUUCUUGCAGCCCCCAAUCUUCCUAAGGUAACUGCUGCUGUUGGACUUUGGGGUUGGACUGUUCUUUCACUAGCUUUUGUUUCAUUGAUGAUGCUCUUCAAAUGUAGCAGUAAAGACCCAGGUUAUGUCAAAAGAACUGGAGAUUUGGGAAGUGAUGGAGAUACAGAGUUGCCCAUGGGUAGGUGUGAUGUGACUGAAUGGCUGGAUGUGUGUAAGGAUCCCUUGUUGAAUAUUGAUUUGAACAAUUCCACUGUAUGGAUGGGGAAUUGGUCUCAACUUUGCCCUACAUGCAAGAUAAUCAGACCUGUUCGCUCAAAGCACUGCCCAGCAUGUAAGCGCUGCGUUGAACAGUUUGACCACCACUGCCCAUGGAUAUCCAACUGUGUGGGGAAGAGGAACAAAAGGGACUUCUUUAUUUUCAUUAGUGUCGCAAGUUUGACACCAUUCCUUGCUGCUGUCGUUGCAGUUCAAAGAAUAUGGACAGGGAUACCAGAAGUUCCUACUCAAGAAACGUGGAUUCAUUAUGUCAUAGUUCGGCAUCCUGGUGUUGUUGUAUUUUUGGUUUUGGACAUUGUUGUUUUUAUUGCUGGUACAACGUUGACUAUAUCUCAGGCAUCGCAGAUAGCUCGGAACAUCACCACCAAUGAAUUGGCAAACGCCAUUCGUUACAAUUAUCUCCGUAGUCCAGAUGGGCGUUUUCGUAAUCCAUACAACCAUGGCUGCAAAAAAAAUUGUGCAGAUUUCCUCAUUCGUGGCUACACAGAGGAUAAUGAAAUUGCUUGGCCUCCACUGCAGCAGGUUGCCCACUAGAGUUACUGCGAUGAGAAGCUCUCAUUUACAUCAAACUUGUAUGUUCCAUCGUUAGUGGGCGAGGGAAAUUGAAUAUUGCUUGUUUUGUUUUAUACCAGGUUCCUUUGAAGUUGUUAUUGUAUAAACUGACGCAAGUUAUAUGCAAAAUUUCAUUUUGUUGAUAUGUUAUACACAUGCAAUUCGAAACCAUGAAAUGGAAAAGGAAAAUGAUACUGAUUCUGUAA